UCGUGUCUCGACCUCUGGCGGCAUUUGCUUGAACCACCAAACUACGUUCUCCCACGUUGUCCUGCUACGGGCAGCGAUAACCGUUUUCCUCCAGAGAUCCAAAAUCAAACAAGAUAUCAUCAAACCAUUUCGUAAACACGACCGAUCUUCGAGCACGGCGGCAUUUAGGUCAGCCAAAAGACAGUCUCACAGGUCUCGGACGCCUGCAUUCGAACGAUAAGAUACCGUCAGGUGCGGUGAGCGUUGUUUACGGCGUUUGGUCUGGUGGGAUUCUGUGAUCUGUUGUUGUUGCUUUUCUUUAUAAACGUUUGAGCUCUAUCAUGUUUGCGCGAUAUGUGUCAGUCAGACUACUAGCGCUUCGACAGCCAAGCUGUCGCGGUGCGGCCCCCGAAGCCAGACCAAAAGCAUCGCCACUGCACUCCUCAGCGGCUGCGAUGAGUUUGCCCAAGGAGUACAAAAAACUAGUCUGUACGAAGACGUCGCCGAACUUCAGGGAAGCGGUAUCUGUCGUCACGGUGCCCGCACCCGCCUCGCUGAAUGCCAACGAAGUUUUUCUGAAGACCAAGUACGCGGGCGUGAACGCGUCUGACAUCAACGCCACCGCGGCCCGGUACGGCGGGACCACCAAGCCACCCUUCGACAUCGGCUUCGAGUCCGUCGCCGAAGUGGUGGCCGUCGGCGCCGGCGUGGGACACCUAAAGGUGGGCGACGCCGUGGCCACCCUCAACUUUCCGGAGUUCGGUGCCUUCGCCGAGUACCAGCUCACCGAAGCCACAAAGGCGUUCCCGAUCCCAGCAGCGGUGCCCGAGGUCAUCCCGCUUCUCGUGAGCGGACUCACCGCAGCGAUGGGACUGGACCAGCAGGGCAGGAUCAAGGAAGGUGAAACGGUCCUCGUCACCGCAGCCGCCGGGGGCUUAGGUCAUCUGGCCGUGCAGUGGGCCAAGGCGGCCAAGUGUCACGUGAUAGGCACGUGCUCCUCGCCCGACAAGGAGGUCUACCUUAAGAGCAUCGGCUGCGACAAGGUCAUCAACUACAAGACGCAGGACCUCAGCACCGAGCUGCAGAAGGCCUACCCCAGGGGAGUGGACGUGGUCUGGGAGACUGUAGGAGGCAAGACUUUCGACACCCUCCUCAAGCGGCUGGCCAGAAGGGGGAGGCUUGUGGUGAUAGGCGCCAUCUCGGGGUACCAGAACAGCGACAAGCCCUUCCCGGACGUGGAUCUCCACGACCUCCCUUACAAGCUGCUGAGUCGUUCGACCAGUGUGAGCGGCUUUCUGCUGUCGGACUAUGCUCACCUGAUACCCCAGUACGUGGCCAAGCUCACACAGAUGCUUCAGGAGGGCAGGCUGGUGCCCAAGGUGGACCUUGGAGCCAACGCCGAAGGCGGCGAGCUGCUGGGUUUGGACGGCUGCUUUCGAGGCGUGGAGUACCUUCACUCAGGGAAGAGCGUCGGUAAGGUCGUCGUCAAAGUGCACGACUCCUAGCCCGGGCAUGAUUGGCAGAUGGCGGUUCCGCAUCACCCAAGGACUCCAUUUUGGGAAUCUAACUGCUGCGGUAAAAUGUCUGGAACUUCAACCAGUCUCUUUUCAUCCUAAAUCAAACUGUGCAUCGAAAGUAGUCCCGAGGUAGCAACAAAUUUCACAGGGACCGGAGUGCCGUGCCGUCGCGAUCCUGGCAGUUGGUCGGUCGUAGAAGUACUGACAAAAGAGACGAACGACCUCAAGUGUUGCCGUCAUCGCAGCGACAUCUGGCUGCUGAAGCUUCCGUGGACUGUCAAUCUGGAUAGUUACCUGCAGCGGAAAAGGCACCAGUCGUUUUCACCUUCACUGCUGCCUACCGCCAGGAUUUCAGCGGGCAACUAUGUGACACAAGCGUUAUGUCGUCAGGUAGAAAUUGAGAGACCACAAAUGAGGACGUAGUAAACGCACACCGGUCGGAGUCACGUUCCAGGCACCGCAGUUAUGGCAAACACCAGAUGCAGCGACUGCCGCUGCAUCUGGUGUUUGCUGAAAGAUUUAAGUACAAUUUAUGCCCCCGUCGCACGGGCGCUUGAAAGAGGCCUAUAAAAUUUAAGGACGUUUCCAUUACUCAUGAUUAUAGCUCUGAGCACGUGGAACAAUGGCUUGCACCGCACAACCCAGGGAUCCUGGGCUUAAUCCCUGCCCAUUUCGAUCUGGUUAAAUACGGAAAGCAGUUGUGUAUCGCUGCUGCGUAGUGCGUUUUAAUGACCCCAGGCUAGCAAUCAUACUGUAAAGGCUCAAUUUCUCAUCUACGGCAGCAAUGCCAGACACCAUUUGGGGCCGACUGCCUUGCCGAUUUCAAACAAACACAGUUGCCUCACCACACUUGAAAGCUAUAUUUACACCAAACGGAUUUUGUCUACCUCCUUUUCUCUAGUCCAGAUCUCGUUCCCAGUGUGCAUGUGAACGUAACACUGGGGAGAAUCAAAAUGGUAUUUCUUCAUAAAGCACCCCUUCAAACUUCUUGUUCUCAAGGAUGACUCAACUUUUUUGGGGGAUAGUCGAGGAGCUUUCCACUUUCUUGUUAUUGUUGCAAAAAGCGACUCGGAUAUGUACAUGCUAGGCUGUGUGGAGCUCGGAGCUAUGCAUCAAUGCAUGGCUCGUGACGUGCUCGGUCACUAGCUGCAUGCAGUAUAGGUGAAGGCAGCGCUAGGCAAGGGGAGAAAGGGCAAACACUAGGAAGGCUGGAGACAAGGAGAAACCUGCUCUUCCUUUCUCCCCUCGCACUCCACUGUCCUCUUCUUCUGUCUCGCCUUCCUAGUACUCGCCCUUUCUCUUUUCGCCUGGCGUUGCCUUCACUUGCACUGCACAUAACUAGUGACACGGAGUACAGUUGUAGGGUCAAUUGAGAAAAUUUCAAGGUUUCACUUUCAGGUUCCGAACUUGGGAAUCCAUGUAUUGUUAAUUAUUCGUUUGUUACAGUGUCGUAUAUUUGCUUGAAAAAAAAUUCUGAGGAUACCUAAGCACUUCUUAUGACUUGUGAAUGCGAAAGCAUUCUCGGCGCCGAGAGAAGAAGCGGCUACAGCGCUGGCAGGAAGUGCAGCAGUGCACCGCGCAGACAGCCCUGGCCCGCUAGCGACUGCUGCGCUGCUGGUUAAAGCACUGAUGGGAGUGUAAAGCUCGGCGCGGCACUUACUAAAAUUGUGUGUCCUCUCAUCAUCGCCCUAGCUGCGGGUACCAGUUAACGAAGUUGUACCUGAAAGCGCAAUGCUAGGCCUAACAUCCGGCCAGUGCAUACCUGCGUCUCCCCCUGGCGUCGAACAGCUGCAUGUACUGCUUGACGACAUUAGACCUCAAAGCAUAACGAUAGGCCUAAUGUCAGGCCAGUGCAUGCCUGUGACCAACCCCUCCCAUUGCACUGCCAGCAGUUCGGCUGGCUCCUUAGCAAUGACGACACCGUUGCUAUGGAGCCACACGAUGCGUAGCAGCCAAUGGGAAUUUAGGUGCCGUUUCUCUGCUACAAACAAUGCCAGCUUGGCUCCAUAGGACCAGUUAAUGCUGUCAGAUUAAAAAGGAAAAUAAAGCCAGAGGAAUGUGGCAAAAGGUUCCGGAA